GAGCAUACAGUCACACACGGGCCACAUCCGACGAGUGAGGCUCGGGAUCGAAUUAAAAAAUAAAAGCGCGCGGUUCGCUUUGCGCGUACGCACGGACGCGCGUGUCAUAAAAAAAUUAUCGCACUCUAUAUUAAUAUAAAUUCAUAAAAAAUGACGUAAGUCAAACAUUAAUGCCGUGAGGUGAGAUUGUGUGUGUAAAUAAGGAUAAACAUAUGUCGUAUUAGUUAAGUGCAAGACAUUACUUUAAUACGAGGACGACGGGUCAUCGGGCCAUUUGUAAAGCUCUGACAAGAUGAAUCAACAAUGCAAAGUGUGUGGAGAGCCCGCGGCAGGCUUUCAUUUCGGAGCUUUCACGUGUGAAGGAUGCAAGUCGUUCUUCGGGCGCACGUACAACAACCUGUCGUCGAUCUCCGAGUGCAAGAACAACGGCGAGUGCGUCAUCAACAAGAAGAACAGGACGGCGUGCAAGGCGUGCCGCUUACGGAAGUGCCUUCUAGUCGGAAUGUCCAAGUCCGGCUCUCGGUACGGCAGGAGGUCCAACUGGUUCAAAAUCCACUGCCUUCUCCAAGAGCAACAGCAUCAACAGAUGCAGCACAUACAAAAUAGAAAAUCUCCACCGACUUUCAACACCUCCAUGAAUGCAUCUUUCUUGCCCACAAACUUGCUUCCGGCUGCCGCCCUCGCAGAAUAUUACAAAAAUUCAGAAAAGAAUCCCUUCACAGAAGAUGUGAUGCGGCAGAGUGUUUCACCUUCAGAUUCCGGAGCAUCUUCCGCGGACCCUGAAGAUGACAACAGUUCAAGAAGCACUAGCGGCUUGAGCAUCUUCCGACCGGCAUCGUCACCGCUGAGCGAUAAAGAUGUCAGAUUACAGGCCAUUAGGAAUCAAAGUAAAGAUGUCAAAAAACGAAAACCAGCCUUGCCCUCUCCGUUCAGUUCUAUGUCAGCAUCACCAAGCUUUUCACCGAGACCUUUCCUUCCAGUGAUGCAAAGACCGAUUCCACCGGCGGCCACCACGUGGUCGAACAGAAAUGGUGGCGACUUGCUCCUACACUCGCCAGCCGUCGCGGGGGUGGCGAUAGAUCAAGACCAACCCAUUGAUCUAUCCAUCAAAUCGACCGCAGUACUAAUUAGGAGCCCCAAAAACGACGAAGUGAGCGACUCAGAGCCCGAACUGAGCAUCGACUUGAGCGAAUCAAGCAAAGACAUGAUGAAGAAUCCUCUGGACCUUUCUCUUGUUCCCAAAAGGACUGAAGAGCUUCCAUUAACUGGUUGAGCUACUCUAACCGGGGACCCGAUGUCAUCAUAAUGAUGUGUACAUAGUUAGCUUCUUAUCGUAUAAUAUAGAAUACUCUGCCAUACAGUAUUUAAGAUCUGUACAUUCCUUCUCUUCCUACCUGACGUGUUUUACGAUACUCAAGUCUCUGAUUAAGUUGUAGACAGUUGACGGCAUUGUGCUUACGAGUAACAUGUCCUGAAAUUUUCUUUUAAGUAGAUAGGUUUCACAAGCUGCACCGUGCUAAACUAAUUACUGUACCAUUUGUAAUUGUACAACAACAAGUAGCAAGUGCUCUUGCGGUCGUUAUUGUGAUUCCGUUAGACAUACAUACAUAUUUAUGUAAAUAUGUGUAAGUGAAUUUGUGAAAACUUGAAAUACUCUCGUUAAUAAAUAAAUACUAUCAUUUUAACCAAACAAGCCAAUGGCGAGUUUUGAUAUGUAAAUUAAAAUUAUGUAUUUUAUAAAAUCUUUAUUAAAAACGAGAGAAUUUCAAGAGCACUAAAUAAAUACUAGAAUAAGUGUCAUGUAAUGUGCCAGUGUUAAGUGCCAGUUUUUACCAGAUUUUAGUUAUUUAAAAAUGGGAUUAAGGCCAGUUGUAAUGAAGCUCAAAAUUAAAUGUACAAAAAUAAUUGUUAUGAAUAUAUUAUGAUGUAAAAAUUAAUUUCAUUAGCGGAAUUAUAAGUAUUUAUUUUUAGUGUAGGCCAGUUUAAUCAGUCAUUAAGUUUUAUAAUUUAUGAUUAUUUCUGGAUGAGGUUUUUAACACGAUUUUAAACAUGGCUCCUGAAUUAAAGAGUCUCAAAGAGUCGGUUGUUGAAGUUCAUGUGACAUUCUCAGAUUUAGUUUAAUCGUAUUGCUUGGUGCCUGCGUUGCGUUGCGUGUUAUAAUAUUGUUGUUUGUUGCUAGUAUAGUUGUUGGAGAUUUUUAUUCAUUCCUUUGAAAUGUUCAUGCCAAUACUAGAUACGUAAAAUGUGAAUUUUUAAUAGGUAGAUCUAAGACUAGGACCAUUUCAAGUCAUAUUCAGAAAAAAUUAAAACUACUAAAACUAAAGUAAAUUUUAGAAUUUUGUAAUAAUUAUGUGAAAGUAAUUAUUUCAAAAUUAGAGGACAAAAAUAUUUAUUAGAUAAUAUUUUUGGUUGCAAUAGAUUUACGUCUUUGAAUAAAAACUUCAUGCUUUUGCAGAAGAAUAUAAUAUAUACAUACUAUAUACAGUCAAUGAGCUAUGGACCUUAUCCUAUUGAAAACACAUAUAUGUGCCAAAAAUUGUUUGAGAAAUAUUUAGGUUCUGAUUUCUGCGUGGGUUCAGUCAAGGUUUAAGCUCAAGCUCAAGUAAUGUCAUAUUAUAAAUGGUGAGUCUGAGAUAGUUAAUUAAUUGUUGUUACUGUGUGAUACGAUAUUUUUAUAACCGUUUACAUUUUUAUGUUUUUUAAUAAGUAAAUAUUAAUAUAUUUUGGAAAAAUAAAUAGUUGUGAAUUCAUUUUUA